AUAAAUACACACUUUGGGAUUGGUAUUUGUCAAGAAACCUUGAAUCUGGAGCUGGAUUGGAUUGUGUGAAAGUCCAAGAAAAAAGGUCUGAGCUUUGAGGAGAAGAGAGCUCGCAUGAUGGAGAUCUUUUUCGAAACAAAAGAUGUGUUCCAGUUGAAGGAUAUAGAGAAGAUUGCUCCAAAAGAAAAAGGGAUUACCUCGAUGUCAGUGAAGGAGAUUCUGCAAAGCCUAGUUGACGAUGGCAUGGUGGACACUGAUAGAAUUGGAACUUCCAAUUAUUUCUGGGCUUUUCCAAGUAAAGCUCUUCAUGCCAGGAAGCGUAAAUUGGAGGAGUUGGAGUCUCAGUUUGCUGAAAGCAGUCAGAAAAAAGAAGCUUUGCAAAAAAGCAUUCAGAAAUCAAAAAUUGGACGUGAAGAUACUGCAGAACGUGCAGCUCUAAUGGAGGAACUUGCUGCCCUUCGGCAGAAAAAAGAGCAGCUAAAGGCAGAAAUAGACAAAUACAGGGAAUGUGAUCCAGACGUUGUUGAAGAAAUGCGAUUACCCUCUCACUUAUUUGCUGGAAGAGCGAGGUGCUGGGGAAGGGCAUUCGGUGAGAAACUGAUGGCUGCAGCCACCUGAGUUGUCUGCUAAGAGGAGAACAUCUGUGACCCAUUAACAUCGGAUCUGGGCUGCGCAGCCAGCUUGGAAUCACGGUUUGGGCAAAUUUGCCAUUUGCUUCUCCAGGAGUUUGGCAUUGCUGUUCUCUAAUAUGUUAUCAGCAUGUUUAUUUUUUGUUAUAGUAACACUGCAGGACUUAAAAAAAAGAGCUACAACAAUAUUUUACUGUGU